CGACGAUCUGUGUACACAAUAUCUCCAGCGACAGAGCUUUAUCAUUCGCGCGUGUUCAUCAGCGGCCCAAAUAAUAGAACGGCAUCCGGCGUGAAGAUUGUCGCAGAUUCGGUGGUGACUUGACGAUCAGGCGACGUUACGGGCAUUAAAUCCGACCGACCUUCCUCCUCCGACCAGCUGCUCAGCCAGCUCAUCGCCUUAUCUACACGCACAAUGGGCUCUCCAUCAGCGUCCGAAACGGCCAAGGCCGCCACACAAGGCAACCUGCAACCUCUCAAGGACAACAUCUCCGACCUCAAGCACACCGCACAAGCCAAGCUCGAUGCCGCCGCCCAGAGCCUACCGUCAAACACAGCGGAGCUGAAGGAGGAUGUCAAGGAGGCUGGCAAGAAGGCUUUCCAGUCUCUGCGGGACUUCGCGGCCGGAGGUGUGGGUGGUGUCUGCUCGGUUGUUGUUGGACAUCCCUUCGAUUUGGUCAAGGUCCGGUUACAGACGGCGGAGAGCGGUGUCUACAAGGGCGCGAUGGAUGUCGUCCGGAAGACGGUGGCUCGAGAGGGUUUGGCCAAGGGAAUGUACGCUGGUGUUUCCGCGCCAUUGGUCGGUGUCACACCUAUCUUCGCCAUCAACUUCUGGGCCUACGGUGUCGGCAAACAGCUCGUGGAAUCCUUCUCGAACAACAAAACCGGCCAAUUGACCGUCGCCCAAGUGUCCGCCGCCGGCCUCUUCUCCGCCAUCCCCAUGACCGUCGUCACCGCGCCCUUCGAACGCGUGAAGAUCAUCCUCCAAAUCCAAGGUCAGAAAGAGCUCGCACCAGGCGAGAAGCCGCGCUACAGCGGCGGUGUGGACGUCGUGCGACAGCUCUACAAGGAGGGCGGUCUCCGCUCCGUCUACCGCGGUAGUCUGAUGACCUUUGCCCGUGACGGACCCGGCUCAGCGGCGUACUUCGCGACCUACGAGACCAUCAAGCGCUACCUGACACCCAAGGACCCCGUCACCGGCAAGGCCGGUGAGCUCAGCAUUCCCGCCGUCAUGGCGGCUGGUGGUGCGGCCGGUGUGGCUAUGUGGACCGCUGUGUUCCCGCUGGACACGGUGAAGAGCCGUCUGCAGAGCUCGGAGAAGAGCCAGUCGAUCUCGGCAUGUGUCAAGGAGCUGUACGGCAAGGGCGGUGUCAAGGCUUUCUUCCCUGGUAUCGGCCCAGCUAUGGCGAGAGCUGUUCCUGCCAACGCGGCGACUUUCGUGGGUGUCGAGUUAGCGCACAAGUUGAUGGACAGGGUUUUCUAGACGUUUUCUACAUUUUCCCAAUGUGUACAGGGAGACUUGGUUUGGGCAGCGGGAGCGCUUCAAGGGACUCACACUGCUGCAUUUAAUAGAUGAUACGAACAGCUUCUAGAGAGAUAUGGGACGCUCCUAUACUGGAGGCGUUGUCGGAACCGCGCAGAACUCGGAGGGCCGCUUCAUCAGCAGCCCACGAUGACAUUUGUGUUAUAUAAGUAGGCCGGUGAACUAGGCCCAGCACUCUGCAACAAACAAUAACAAUGAAUCAUCAGGGACGUUCCGGUCCCGGGGGUAUUUUCC